AUGAGACAACUUCUGGUCUGCAUUUUGGCCCUGUCGCGAAUCCUCGAGGGUGCUGUUCCUGCUAGGUUCACCAUUGACUAUGAUGGGCUGCCGGCUGUUUCCUUGCAUCGUAACUUAGAUACUUCCUCGCGACAGGGCCCAGGACAUGUAAUGCGACGAAACCUGCUUGGAAGGGCAGUUGAGAACACCCCGAAUGACAUGAUCCAUGUUGUCUAUUCUGCCGAUGGCGAUGUUGUUCCUGGCCUUAAAGCCUCUAUUGCCUCUUGCAUUGCGUCUGCUACCUCACCCCACGAGCUUGUCAUCCAUAUUAUGGUGCAGAGCAAACACCUGGCACGACUGCGACGUGAGUUGGACAUAAAGACGGCCCGCAGGGUCACAUCUUCAGGCGCAGUCAUCACACUUCAUGAGAUACCUGUGCAGAUUGUGGAAGCGGACAGAGGCAUUCUACAAACGCGGAUACGCCAGGAGCGUGGCGAGUUGGAUGAUCCAGAAGUGUAUGCCCGAAUAUACAUGGACAGAAUCAUUCCACAGAUAGAUGUCGCAGUCUGGCUUGAUGCCGACACCAUUGUUCAGAAGGAUGUGAAAGAACUUCAUUCGCGCCUGCGGCAAUCGGGGAAGACAAUAGGUUUUGUGCAUCGAAGCACUAAACUAUUUCCAGAUUUCUUAACAGGCAAGUGCACGACAACUUUAGAUAUUUCGUGGAACAAGCUGAAGAAUCUCACCGCAUACAACACAGGAGUUUUCGCUGUAAACUUGCGGCGCUGGACGGCUGUGAAAGCGGCCGCCCGCAUCGACAAGCUGGUUCGACUUCAGAACAGUUGUCCUGGUGGGCUCUGGAAAGGCGGCUCCCAGCCUCCUCUUACUCUCUCUUUCCAGUUACAUAAACAUAAUGAAGCCGACGACUACAUCCUUUUUGAGAAGGAGUGGAAUGCCUUGGGCUUCGGCUUGAAUGACAAGUCUAAAGAAGAUGUUGGGCAACUGCACAUUUUGCAUUGGAAUGGCAUGCAGAAACCUUGGAAGAGCAAUGGCUACAACAAAGCUCUCUGGGAGCCCUACUACCGCCAGUACGCCCACUUGUGA